AUGGUGAGCCGAAUGGGGUGGGGGGGGAGCAGGAGGCAGCGGGGGCGGUGGGGAGACUUGGGGCCCAGCUCAGUGCCUCUGCUCCCUGUGGCACUGCCACUGUCUGCUUCUCCAUGCCGGGGACUUGGGGGAGGGAGGAUCUCUGUCUUCUCUCUGUCCCCUGUCCCUCGGACAAGAAGCUGCUCCUCUUCACUGUUUCCUCCUGCCUCAGGGUCCCCCUGCCCGGUGACUCAGGAGGCAGGGGCUUCUCAGCUUCCAUCCAAUGCCUCACCCACCCCAGCCACACCCCCAACACAGACCCAUCCCACAAUGACACCCACUUCCGCUCCCCCCUCUUGGGGGUCCCACUCCACCCCACCCCUGGCCUCGGUCACUCCCCAUCCCUCCUGCCGGUGCCCCCAGGACCAUCCUGGGCUGCGGAUAGGUCCUCUGAUCCCUGAGCAGGAUUAUGAACGGCUCGAGGACUGUGACCCUGAGGGGUCCCAAGACUCACCCCUCCAUGGGGAGGACCAUCAACCCUUGCUUCACGUGCCUGAAGGACUCCGUGGCUCCUGGCAUCACAUCCAGAACCUGGACAGCUUCUUCACCAAGAUCUACAGCUACCACCAGCGGAAUGGUUUUGCCUGUAUCCUGUUGGAGGAUGUCUUCCAGCUGGGACAGUUCAUUUUCAUUGUCACCUUCACAACCUUCCUCCUCCGCUGUGUGGAUUACAACGUUCUCUUCAACAACCAGCCAAAGAACCAUACAAGACCUGGACCAUUCCACAGCAAAGUGACCUUGUCAGAUGCUAUUCUACCCUCAGCCCAGUGUGCAGAGAAGAUCCACAACAGUCCUCUGUUGGUCUUCCUCCUAGUCCUGGCUGCUGGCUUCUGGCUGUUCCAGCUGCUUCGUUCAGUCUGCAACCUCUUCAGCUACUGGGACAUCCAGGUGUUUUACAGGGAGGCCCUGCACAUUCCCCCAGAGGAGCUCAGCUCGGUACCCUGGGCUGAGGUUCAGUCCCGCCUCCUGGAGCUGCAGAGGAGCGGUGGGCUGUGUGUGCAGCCCAGGCCACUGACGGAACUGGACGUCCACCACCGCAUCCUGCGCUACACCAACUACCAGGUGGCGCUGGCCAACAAGGGCCUGCUGCCCGCUCGCUGCCCACUGCCCUGGGGGGGCAGCGCAGCCUUCCUCAGCCGCGGCCUGGCGCUCAACGUGGACUUGCUGCUCUUCCGCGGUCCCUUCUCGCUCUUCCGCGGGGGCUGGGAGCUUCCCGAAGCUUACAAGCGCAGUGACCUCCGGGGCGUCCUGGCCGCACGCUGGCGGCGCACGGUGCUGCUGCUGGCCGCCGUGAACUUGGCGCUGAGCCCGCUGGUGCUGGCCUGGCAGGUGCUGUACGCCUUCUACAGCCACGUGGAGCUGCUGCGACGCGAGCCCGGCGCCUUCGGGGCGCGCCGCUGGUCCCUCCUGGCCCGCCUGCAGCUGCGCCACUUCAACGAGCUACCGCACGAACUGCGUGCGCGCCUGGCCCGCGCCUACCGGCCCGCGGCCGCCUUCCUCCGUGCCGCCGAGCCCCCUGCGCCCCUGCGCGCGCUGCUGGCCCGCCAACUGGUCUUCUUCUCCGGAGCGCUUUUUGCCGCGCUGCUGGUGCUCACCGUCUACGAUGAGGAUGUGCUGGCCGUGGAGCACGUGCUCACCACCAUGACGGCGCUCGGGGUCACAGCCACAGUGGCCAGGUCCUUCAUUCCAGAGGAGCAAUGCCAGGGGCGUCCCUCACAGCUCCUGCUGCAGGCGGCCCUGGCACACAUGCAUUACCUCCCGGAGGAGCCUGGUGCGGCGGGUGCUCGGGCCAGCUCUUACUGGCAGAUGGCGCAGCUGCUUCAGUACCGAGCAGUCUCCCUCCUGGAAGAACUCCUGUCUCCACUUCUCACUCCUCUGUUUCUGCUCUUCUGGUUCCGUCCCCGUGCUCUGGAGAUUAUUGACUUUUUUCGUCACUUCACCGUGGAUGUGGCUGGUGUCGGGGACAUCUGUUCUUUUGCCCUAAUGGAUGUGAAGCGCCAUGGGCACCCUCAGUGGCUCUCGGAGGGACAGACAGAAGCCUCACUCUCUCAGCGUGCAGAGGAUGGAAAGACUGAACUCUCCUUAAUGCGGUUCUCCCUGGCACAUCCACAAUGGCGGCCACCAGGGCAUAGCUCUAAGUUCCUUGGACACCUUCGGGGCCGGGUACAACAAGAUGCAGCUGCCUGGGGUGCUACCUCAACACGAAGCCCCCCGACCCCAGGGGUGCUCAGUGACUGCACAUCCCCUCUGCCGGAAGCCUUCCUGGCCAACCUCUUGGUGAAUCCCCGCCCACCCCAGAGGGACCUUAGCCCUACAACCCCCUGCCCUGCUGCUGCCACAGCCAGCCUCCUGGCCUCCAUUUCACGAAUGGCCCAGGACCCCAGCUGUGUGUCCCCAGGAGGCACUGGGGGCCAGAAGCUGACCCAGCUCCCAGAGCUUGUUUCUGCUGAGAUGAGCCUGCACGCCAUUUACCUACAUCAGCUUCAUCAACAGCAGCAGCAGGAGCCAUGGGGAGACGCUUCGGCCUCCUCCCCACCCAGGCCCUGGUCCAGCCCUUCACAGCCAGGCUCACCAGAUGAGGAGAAGCCAUCUUGGUCAAGUGAUGGCUCCAGUCCUGCUUCCAGCCCGAGACAGCAGUGGGGUAUCCAGAGGGCCCGGAAUCUGUUUCCAAGGGGCUUUCAGGAGACCACAGACACCCAGAAGGAGCCCCCACCAGGCCCUUUGCACUGACUGAGGACACCUCAGGCCAGUAUUGCCCACAUGGG